UUCAACAAUGUUAAGUAACCAAAAAAUAGUGCGCUUUGAUUACUCAGUAUUAAGGAUAUUAUGUAUAGCUUGGGUCAAGGUCAACUCAUGAAUCCAAGUCGUCCCAUUGAUUGCAAAGAAUCCUUCCUUUUGCUUUUAAUAUUUGCUUAUAUAAACCAAUACUUUCAGUGCCAAGCUUAGCUUCCAUCCAAUACUUCCCAUUGAAAGAAAGAAUUUGGUAUAGACACUGAGCAAAUUCAGGCACACUAUCUUUCACUUUCUGGUGGACAAAAUUAUUGACGGAUCAUCACAGUGUGAGGCUGCAGCAUCUUGCUAGCAGAGGGAGCGCGACGGAGGCCACGGAGCAGAGCAGAGUAAAUGCACGAACAACACAGAGCAGUGCAGCACAGACCAAGAAUGAUGGACGCUCACGCCGCCAAAGAUGACGACGACGAUUUUUUUUUCACGAUAUCUCCAACUCGGUAGAUGGCAAAUCCGAAUCCUGAUGUUGCAAUCAAGAUUAAAGCAAUGUUGGAGGCAGCACAACCUCGAUUUACAGAGAAAUGCUGCAUCUACAGGGUGUCCCAUGAGAUUCGCAAAUUAAAUGAAGAUGCAUACACUCCAAAGGUUGUUUCAAUUGGUCCUUUUCACCAUGGGGAUCAAUAUUUGCUAAACAUGGAGGAGCUGAAAAGAAUAUUUUGUAGACAAUUCAUUGAAAGAUCUAUGACAAACAACUUGGAAAGUCUUGUUAGUUGUGUGCAAGAGCUCGAACCAAUGGUUCGUGGUUGUUACUCAGAUAACAUCAAGCUUACUGAGGAAGAACAUGUUAUGGUGAUAUUGGUGGAUUGCUGCUUCAUAUUAGAGUUCUUACUCAAGUUCCAUUUUGGGUGGACAGAUCGUGAUGCCAUUAUUCUGCCACUAAAUUUAAGGGGUCCUAUAGCAUAUGAUUUGUUGUUGCUUGAGAAUCAAGUCCCUUUCUUUGUUCUUGAGAUGCUUUAUAACCUAGCUCUUGAUUCUCCUCCAUUUCCAUUACUAGCGCUCUCUCUUUUUUAUAUUGUUCCUUAUAGUAUCAUCGUUCCUGAUAGUAUCAUUUCCGGUGAUGUUCUUAGGCUAUUAUCCAACGAUACUGGAAUAGCUCAUUUCAUAGAUCUAUCAAGAAAGUUUCUAUUAGCAUCCUCUGGCUUCUCUGGAUGCUUAAGAGAAGCAGAGUUCGCCAACAUUUAUACUGCCACUGAGUUGAGUGAAGCAGGAGUGAAGUUUAAGGUAAACAAAAAUAGCCAAUGCAUGCUAGAUUUGGAACUUUCAGGUCAUUGUUUGAGAGUCCCAUCUAUUAGCGUGACAGCCUUUACUGAAGCUAUUUUGAGAAAUUUGAUAGCUUUUGAGCAAUGCCACUGUAUGAAGGAAUCUUACCUCGCUGACUAUAUUGUAGCCUUGGAUUUGCUUAUCAACACAGAAAAAGAUGUAGAUUUGCUCAUUAAGAAGGGAAUCAUUCAGAAUUGGUUAGGUAGUAGCAAUGCAGUGGCUGAAAUGUUCAAUGGUCUUGCACUGCGGGUUAUAAAUCCAGAUUUUAAUGUGCAAUAUAUCCGUAUUUUCAAAGAGUUGAAUGCUUUCUGUCGCCACCCUUGCAACCAAAAAGUCGCAACUUUGAGGCGCGACUAUUGCAACACUCCAUGGAAGACAGUAGCUUCAAUUGCUGGAAUUUUUCUGCUUAUUCUCACUGUUAUUCAGACAGUAUUUUCUAUCCUCCAAGUGGUACACUAGAUACUAGUGCUAGCUAGAUUAAUGUUUGUGUUGUGACUGGAUGAUUAUAAUAUGGUAGACUGUUUGUAUUUUGGAAGAACUAAAAUGUUUGUUAUGAAUAUAUGUAGUCCAUAUAUCAUGUAAGGGUUACUAUGUUAUGUAAUUAUUGAAGACCUCUAAGUUUGAAUAUGAUAUUUUGUUA